AUGAAAUUUGCCAAAGAAUUGGAACAUGAGCUGGUUCCAGAGUGGCGGGCCAAAUAUUUAGACUACAAGGUCGGAAAAAAGAAAGUCAAGGCAAUAGCGCGCGCCAUCCAAAAAGCAAACCGAACGCCCAAUCACCCCUCUCUUCAGCAGCGUCCCCUCCCUGACCAAGGCGAGAACUCAGCGACACCCGCUAGCGGCUCCCAGCGUUCUGCUUCAUUUCGCCGGGCCGAGAAACGAUUUGAAGGGGCGGAUACAGACCACCUUGCUGUAAAGAGUCCCAGCCUUACUUCGCGAUCUACACCCGGUCAGCGGCACGAGCGUCAGCCCCUGCGAGUGCCAGGAUCUCGGUUUUCUGCCGUGGUUGGAAGCUAUGGGAGUAUCGUCGCAUCACCUCCUCAGCAAGGUGGAACAUCAGACGUAGCUUCGCUAGAGCUACCUGAUCCCGCAUUAGAUUACGGUGAGGAUGUCCGCUGGUCGGAACGGAAUCUCGACGGUCAAAAUGCUCCAAAAACGCCAUCGCCCGUUAUUUCCCCACAAGUGAGCAAUAGGUCCGCUCUUAGGGACAACCCGCAUCGCAAUUCUUCGAUAAACCAACCAGUCACCUCCGGGGACGCAAAGAACAGAAAUGCCGUCUCAGGAACAUCAGGUCGAAGAAAGUCUCGCCUUAUCAAGCGCGUUUUGUCUUCUGGCGAAUCACCGGAGAAGCUCGCACAGAGUGACCAACGCACAGAGUUCGAACGUAAGCAGGACGAGUUCUUUGCCUUUCUUGAUGGCGAGCUGGCCAAGAUCGAGUCAUUUUACCAGAUGAAGGAGCGCGAGGCAACUGAACGCUUGAGGAUAAUUCGAGAACAGCUGCACACUAUGAGGGAUCAGCGUACCCAGGAAGUUCGUCAUGUCAGGAGAUAUCGUGACCGCGAUGCUGAGCACCCAUCUUCUAAGCCUUCCAGCACGCUAAGCAGCCGCCGACUUAGAGACGCUUUUGCUGGGAGACGGAUUGGCAAGAACUCAAAGGCACUCGUCGCGCUGGCUACGCCUGCGGGCGCGCAACCACAGGAUCCUGAGGUUAUCAUCAGGCGUAGGGAUUUUGCGCGUCAGCCAGAAGAGGAACAGCUUCCCAAAUCAGAGGUCCCGUAUCGGUCCGCAAAGAGAAAGCUCAAGUAUGCUCUGCAAGAGUUCUACCGUGGCGUAGAGCUCCUGAAGUCAUAUGCCUAUCUUAACAGAACUGCUUUUCGCAAAAUCAACAAGAAAUAUGACAAGGUCGUCGACACACGACCGUCAAUGCGAUAUAUGUCGGAGAGAGUCAACAAAGCGUGGUUCGUACAGAGCGAAGUGACAGAAAGUCUGCUGGCUACAGCGGAAGACUUAUACGCUCGUUACUUUGAGGGCGGCAAGCGAAAGAUAGCGGCCUCCAAACUGCGCCUUACUCUAAGGAAAUCUGGCGAUUACUCGCCAAAUACCUUCCGCUGCGGACUCUUAUCGAUGGCUGGGCUCCUAUUCGCCAUCCAAGGCCUGAUCUAUGCGAGUCAACGUCUUGAGGACGAGGACUCUGCCCUAGGAGUACAUACCAGCUAUUUACUAUUUACGGAGGCUAUUUCCUCGUUGUUUUCCAUUUCUUGCUAUUUUGUGUAG